AUGUUCUCCAGGCUGCCUGCGGGUGCCCUCAGGAAUGUCGGUGCCGUCGUAGGCCCCCGCUCAUCGACGUCCUCAGCGGGCGCACGUUUUGCAUCGCGCGUCCGCUUUGCGUCGACGAGCUCGUCCGCAUCGUCCGCAUUCGAGUCCUUUGUCAACUCCCGCGCGACCCUUGCCUCCGCAACCCUUUUUGCCGUCGGUUCCGUCGCAUGGUACACGAGCCUCUACGGCACGCUGCCCUUCGUCGGCGAGGUGCACGCCAACUCCCCCGCAGAGGACGGCCUUCACCCCCCUCACUAUCCCUGGUCGCACUCGGGUCUUCUGGACACUUUCGACCAUGCCAGCAUUCGUCGAGGAUACCAGGUAUACCGUGAGGUUUGCGCUGCAUGUCACUCCCUGGACCGCAUUGCCUGGCGUAAUCUAGUCGGUGUCUCGCACACCGCUGACGAGGCCAAGGCCCUGGCUGAGGAAAUCGAGUACACGGACGGCCCAGAUGAACAGGGCGAGAUGUUCCAAAGGCCCGGCAAGCUUUCCGACUACUUGCCUCCACCCUACGCCAACGAGGAGGCCGCCCGUGCUGGCAACGGUGGUGCUUUGCCUCCGGACUUGAGUCUUAUUGUCAAGGCUCGCCAUGGUGCUGCGGACUACAUCUUCUCCCUGCUCACUGGGUACAGGGAUCCCCCGGCUGGCUUCGACAUCCGUGAGGGCAUGAACUACAACCCGUACUUCCCCGGCAAUGCGAUUUCAAUGGCGCGAGUAUUGUUCGACGGCUUGGUAGAGUACGAGGAUGGCACGCCUGCGACGACUUCUCAGAUGGCGAAGGACGUUGUCACCUUCCUGAACUGGGCGGCCGAGCCGGAGCACGACGAACGGAAGAAGAUUGGUCUCAAGGCCGUCAUCCUGUUCUCUGCGCUGACUGCCAUCAGCUUGUACGUGAAGCGCUUCAAGUGGUCGGCUCUGAAGUCCAGGAAGUUAUUCUACACCCCCCCUGCGGAUAAGUCGACGCACUAGAACUAGAAGCUUGUUGAUUGGGGGACAUUGGUGCCGUAAAUAUUAGUCUCAAUCGAGAGUAGUAGUCGUGGUUUGUCCGUACCGCAAUGCCGGUUAUAUUCUG